UAGUCGACCGGUUUGAACAAAGCGGAUUGGAGGAGGGAUUUGCAACUACUGAUGAGCAUAAUGCAUAUUAAUAAUUUAUUAAAUUAUUUUAUUUUAUUAGUAUCUCUUUUGGCGUAUUACUGACCACUUGUUCAUAGUUCUUACCUGUCGUACAAGGUACAACUAAUUUAAGUCAGCGCUGUUUAUUGUGGUUGGUGGCAGUUUAUUUCUAUAAUAAGCACUAUACGUCAGAAUAAUAGAAGUCACCAAAAAAUUGACAGGUAAUUUGCGGGAUGUAAUACAGGCGUAAUUAAAUUUAUUCAGGGUACCAUUGUAGUAUAGCAGGUCACUUUUAAUUUCAACAGGAUAAUUACAAAAGUGACAAAUAUAUUAUUAUCUCCUCCAUUUCAUAAUUUUUUAUAAUUAGGCUUACUCUGCUGACGACGUCUAGGCCACGUUGACUUAAUAUUGUAAGUAUAGAUUGCCUUCGAUCAGAAGUAAUCAGUGCCCAUGAACACAUUUAUCACGUAAUUAUAGUCUGAGCUGCUACAUAAUCAAGAAGUAAACACCGAAGGUACACGGUUUGACUUUCUUAACUGAACAUGGACAGAAGUAAAUUUAUUAUUUGUGUAGUAUUAGUGUUCAGUUUGAGGAUUGGCGGAGACAGGAGUGUGGAGGCUCAAUCCUCACAAAACAAUAAUGAAUGUUUCACACCAAAUGAUCUUAACGGAAAUUGCAUUAACAUAAAAAGAUGCCCAAAGCUACGUUCUCUAUUAGAAACUCAGAGACAAAAUGCUUCUAUUGCCACUUUUCUCAGAAACUCCAUGUGUGGGUAUGAGGGUAAAGACCCCAAGGUAUGCUGUCCAUUGGAGAAUGAACCCAACACCUACACUGAAACUUCUCAAAGGAUAACUACUCAAAAACCUGAUUCGACAGGCUCAGCAGUUUAUGAAACAGUUACGUCGAUCAAAUUGCCAUCUCAAAAAACUUGUGGACGGACCAAUUCUAGCCACGUUCGAAUUGUCGGAGGAAAUCCUGCUGAAUUAGGUGCUUGGCCCUGGAUGGCAGCACUUGGAUAUCAAGAUCUCAGUAGGCCAAGUUCCGAAUACCAGUGGCUGUGUGGUGGUGCCUUGAUAUCGGAUAGAUACGUAUUAACAGCUGCCCACUGCACCGUCGGUAUUGGAAAUCGAAAAUUGGCUGUUGCGCAUUUAGGUGAUUUGAACUUAGAUCCUAAAGUGAAUGAUGGAGCUGGACCAAUAGAUGUUGCAAUUUCACGUGUCAUGACACAUGAACGAUAUAACGCACAAGAAUACACUACUGAUAUUGCAUUAUUAAAAUUAGAAAACAGUGUUAGAUUCAAUCAAUUUAUUCAACCUAUCUGUUUGCCCAUCUUAUCACAUCAUAGAGCAAACAAGUUAGUUAAAUCUGUACCGUUUGUUGCCGGAUGGGGUUCCACAUCAUUUCGGGGACCGAGUUCAACUACUCUAAUGGAAGUUCAAGUACCUGUGAUAGAAAAUUCCGAAUGUAAACGAGCAUUUGCCAACAAGAAAUCCGUUAUCGAUGAUAGAGUGUUGUGUGCUGGAUUAUUAACAGGCGGAAAAGACGCUUGCCAGGGAGAUUCUGGAGGUCCAUUGAUGUGGCCCAGUGGUACUCAAUAUUAUUUAGUGGGUGUCGUGUCUUUUGGAUUUAAGUGUGCCGAACCUGGUUAUCCAGGUGUAUAUACUAGGGUGGCAUCAUUUGUCGAAUGGAUCGCAGAUAACAUGAAUUACAGUUGAAUUGUAUUAAUUUAUGCUGUUUUAUAUGCAUUUUUGACUCAAAAACGAAAAGAAGAACAGACAACUCUGUGCAAUUGGUUUAUAUAUUUACUAUUACAACAAAUUUAUAAUUACUCAGAUAACUACUUAAUUUUAACCUUAAUUGCUCUAAAAACUAUAUUUAGUAAUUAAAAAUGAUAUUAUUUGUAUUUUAAUUUAUUGUAAUCGUUUAUUUUAAAAUAUUUUGUCAGAUUCAAGUAUUUCACUUUUAAGCGAAAUGUAUACCUAGUACCUAUAUUAUUAAACAUGAUAAAUCAUGAUUGAUUGAUUUA